GAAAGCGUCAAGCCAGUGUCUUUUAUUUUGAAAUCCCCGACAUCCGGUUUAAUCACGUUUCGUGUUGCCUGGAUAUAUUUCAUUUGGUUUCAGAGAUGUAAGUUAGCCAAAUUUGUACGUAUCCACAGUGUUCGUCAUAAUGUCAUCACGUCCUUCAAAAUCACCCCUACGUUUCGGCCAGGUUGUAAUUGGUCCACCUGGUUCAGGUAAAACCACCUAUUGUCGGGGCAUGCAGGAGUUCCUGAGUCACCUCGGGCGCAAGGUGGUCAUUGUUAACCUGGAUCCUGCUAAUGAAGGGCUACCAUACCCAUGUGCAGUGGACAUAUCUGAGCUGGUCACACUUGAUGAUGUGAUGGACGGUCUUAAACUUGGCCCCAAUGGUGGCCUCAUUUAUUGUAUGGAAUAUUUAGAGGCCAAUUUGGACUGGUUAGAGGACAAGCUAAGACACCAUCAAGACAGCUAUUUCCUCUUUGACUGUCCAGGUCAGGUUGAACUUUACACUCAUAAUAAUUCGGUGAAGAACAUAUUUGCACAGCUGUCUAAGUGGAAUUUCAGGCUGACUGCAGUGCACCUGGUGGAUUCCCAUUACUGUGCCGAUCCAGCCAAAUUCAUCUCUGUGCUCUGUACAUCACUGUCCACCAUGCUGCAUGUGGAAUUGCCACAUGUCAACGUGCUUUCAAAAAUAGACCUCAUUGAGCAGUAUGGCAAACUUGCAUUUAAUUUGGACUUCUACACUGAGGUUCUUGACCUGUCGUAUUUGGUGGAGCAUCUCGCUUUAGACCCUUUCUUCAAGAAGUUUCAUCAACUGAAUAAGAAGUUGGCUGAAGUGAUCCAGGACUACAGCCUGGUGUCUUUUGUACCUCUUAAUGUUCAGGACAAGGAAAGCAUGAUGCAGGUUUUGCGAACUGUAGACAAGGCCAAUGGUUAUUGUUUUGGGGACCUGGAGGAGAGGAACCUGCAGGCCAUGAUGUCUGCUGCUGUUGGGGCGGACUUCCAGUUCAGCACUACUCUUGGAGUACAGGAGAGAUACGUGGAAGGCACUGAGAAAACGGUGGAAGAUGAAAUUAUGGACUUGUGACACUUUUUAUAUUGAUUAAAAUAGUUUGUAAAACAAAACAAA